AUGGGUGACCACAGGGAGACGAUCACUCUGCCCACCCUCGAAACCGGCGUCAAUGACUGGGAAAAUCCGGGUGUCGUUCACCGGAACAAGCUCGCUCCUCGUGCAUUCUUUCUCCCAGACACAUCGCUGUCCCUGAAUGGCCGUUGGGACUUUCAUUAUGCUCUGUCUCCUCUUCUAGCUCCAACAAUCACCGCUGAAGGGAGCAGCGAUCCCACUACUGGUCCCAAUGAGUGGACAAGCAUCACUGUUCCGGGACAUUGGCAACUCCAAGGUCACGGAGAGCCGAAUUACACCAAUACCAUUUUCCCUUUCCCCUGCGACCCGCCGCGCGUGCCCAGCCAGAAUCCUACCGGUACAUAUCGCAGAUCCUUUACAGUUCCAUCAGACUGGGAUCGCUCUUCCCAACUCCGUCUCCGAUUCGAUGGUGUUGACAGUGCGUAUCAUGUCUGGGUGAAUGGAAGAGAAGUGGGAUACGCACAAGGCAGUCGUAAUCCAGCGGAGUUCGAUAUCACCAAGUUCAUUCACCAUGGUAUCAAGAACGAUUUGGUCGUGCGCGUGUAUCAAUGGUCGGAUGGGUCAUAUAUUGAGGACCAGGACCAGUGGUGGUUGUCAGGUAUUUUCCGGGACGUCACACUGCUUGCCUUUCCAUCGGUAGCUCGGAUCGAAGACUUCUUUGCACAGACCGAGUUUGACCAAGCCUACACGGAUGCUAUCCUGAAAGCUACAGUGAACGUGGUUGCCACAGAGUCUGUACUAUUGGAAGUGGCAUUACGCGAUAUACGGAGCUCGCAAGACACACUCGGAUACGAUAAGGUAUCUGUCGCCGAGAAUGGAACAGUCACCUUGACUAUUCCGGUGAAGAGUCCCAAGAAAUGGACCGCGGAGACACCGAAUCUUUAUGAUCUCCAGAUCACCUUGAGUUCUUCAUCUGCUGGUGGCAAAGUACUGCAAAAAAUCCACCAUCGAAUUGGUUUCCGCCAGGUUGAGAUAAAAAACGGAAACAUCACAGUCAAUGGGUCUCCGGUGCAAUUCCGUGGUGUCAACCGCCAUGAUCACCAUCCGCUAUUCGGUCGGGCCGUACCUCUGUCCUUUCUCCGAGAAGAUCUGCUCCUCAUGAAACGUUACAAUAUCAAUUCUGUACGAUGUUGCCACUAUCCAUCGCACUCAAAGCUCUAUGAACUCUGUGACGAGCUUGGUUUAUGGGUUAUGGAUGAAGCAGACCUAGAAUGCCACGGAUUCUAUGACGCAGUGGCGCGCCCUCUCGAUAUCCCAGAGUCGAUGGACUAUGAAAAACGUAAGAAAUUCACCUUUGAAAAGGCUGCUCAGUUUACCAGCAACAACCCAGAGUGGAAGGAUGCAUACGUUGAUCGUGCGAUUCAAAUGGUCCAGCGGGACAAGAAUCAUGCUUGCGUUGUGAUUUGGUCCCUUGGUAACGAAGCAUUCUAUGGCCAGAACCACCAGGCUAUGUAUGACUACAUCAAGGCCACCGAUCUCAGCAGACCGGUUCACUACGAGGGAGAUCCGGAAGCCAAGUCGGCUGACAUGUUCUCCUACAUGUACCCCUCGGUGGACAGGAUCAAUAAGUUGGCUGUUGCAGAAGGUGACAACUUUGAGAAGCCUAUCGUGCUCUGUGAAUAUGCUCAUGCAAUGGGCAAUGCCCCUGGUGGCCUAGAAGAGUACAUGGAGGCAUUCCGAAAACAUCGACGCCUACAAGGCGGGUGGAUUUGGGAGUGGGCAAACCAUGGUCUGUGGGAUGAGGAGCGCAAGCUUUACGCUUAUGGUGGAGACUUUGGUGACUAUCCCAACGACGGCACGUUUGUCAUGGAUGGUCUUUGCUUCAGCAACCAUACACCAACUCCUGGGCUGGUUGAACUGCGCAAGAUCUAUUCACCUGUUCAUGCGUGGUACGCUGAUGAUACGAUCUUCAUCGAGAACCGGUAUGACUUCACCGGUAUAGAGCAUUUGCACGCAAUCUACCGCGUAGAAGUACUGGGCUCUGAGUCCACUAUCAUUGCCAGUGGCAGUCUUCAACUCCCUCCCAUUGAGGCUGGCAAGACCGGCCAGUUGCAAUUUAAGCAAGAUCUCCCUGCCAUUGCGGACGGGGAGAUCUGGCUGACCGUCAGCUUCCGGAAUAAUCAGGAUACUGCUUGGGCUACUGGCGGACACGAAGUCGCUUGGUUCCAACACCCGCUUAAGGCUCUCUCCGCGGGACUCUGUCGUUCUCCUAGUCUCCCCGUUCGGGUCGAGUCUAGCAAAGCUGUGCAUACAAUCACUGGCUCGGAUUUCAGUCUUACAUUCUCACGUUCCACUGGCGGCUUGACCGGCUGGGUGGUGAAAGGUCAUCAACUUCUUGACCCGGAUUCUAAAAAGGACAUGGCCCUAGUUCCAGGCUUCUGGCGUCCUCCAACUGAUAAUGACAUGUCCUGGGCCCUUGGUGAGCGCCGCCGGUACGGAUUGGAAGACAUGCGAGUCCAGCUGCGAAGCAUGAACGUUGCGCACGUCAACGAUAGUUGCCUCCAGAUUACCACAGUGUCCUGGCUGGGCCCACCAGUUCUCGCAUGGGGCUUCGUGGCUACCACGACCUACACUAUCAGCGGGGACGGCCAUCUAGUUGUCUCAGUGCACCUCAACCCCCAAGGCCCAAUUCCUGCAGACCUUCCUCGUAUUGGCCUGGAUUUGCGCCUGGCUGACGCAUUCGACAAUGCCAAAUGGCUGGGCCUUGGUCCUGGAGAGUCCUACCCAGACAAGAAGCGUUCCCAAAAGAUGGGUAUCUACAAGGCUACCACAGCUCAGCUCCACACUCCCUAUGAAGUGCCUCAAGAAGGUGGAAACCGAUCUGACACCCGCUGGCUACAACUCAGCGACAACCGUGGUUGGGGUAUCAAAAUCUCCCGGAAAUCGGUGAAGACGGAUAAAGACACUGGUACUCAUUUGCAAUGGGUCGCAAGCCGGUACAGUGCACAGCAAAUUGAGAGCGCUAAACACCCCUGUGACCUUAUUCCUGGCAAGACGGUCCUUGUCCGGAUGGAUGUUGAGUCCAGCGGGGUGGGAACCGGUGCUUGUGGGCCCACGACUUUAGAAAAGUACCUGGUGGCUUGUGAGGAACGGGAAUUCCAGUUUGAAUUUACUCCUACUUUCGAGGAGGGGUAUUAG